AGAACCUUCUCACAACAUGCCGCCAGGAGGAUCAUCCGAUAGAUUUUGCGGAGCCGAUUUUUUUGAUGAGUACGAACCCUGCUCCCUUUCCCCGGAAGAAAUCCAGCGACGCCGUGCCCAACAAGACUCCCUCCGGCUUUUCCAGGACACGUUGGAGCAGGUCCGCCAGCUCGCAGAGCAACUCCAGGAGCAGUUCCGACAGGCGACGGAGCAAACCGCACGGAUCCGAGAGGAGCAGAAAAAGAUCCGACGAGCUAUCCGAAGACAGAAAAAGUUGACUCAGAAGCGGCGAAAAAUGCUCGUAGAACGUGAGGUGAAGCGGAGACGGGUCGCGAAGAUGUUCUUUGCCUGCAGAGAACGCCGCCAAGCCUUCCCAGACCUGGCUAAGCAGUAUCUCCAGAGCAUCAGCUGAGCCAUCUGGCAUUAUCAUAAUUAUUAUCUCAAAUCUCUGUAAAAUUGUAUUAUUAUAUGUAGCACAACCCCUGGCUAGUCAAGCCCCCCACCGCAAUAUAUUUAUAUAUUUUUGAAAUUUUUGAAAUUUUUGACUAUAGAAUUUGGAAUCCUAAAUGUAAAUUUUUUGAGCACUGAUGAAUUUAUUUCUAUUUAGAUAAAAUCAGCGAUCAAAAAGAAAAAAACAAUAGAAAAAAGGCAAAAAUAAUAAAGCGAAUUUGAAAUUAUC